GUUGGGCCUCAGUUUGCUGGAGGGGGCGGAGCAGCCGGUCAGAAGCGAGCCCGCCGAGUCCCUCCCCGCAGCACAGCGGAUCGUCCCUGGCCGCCGCGGUCUGCCCAGAGCGAUGCCGCUGCCCGACACCAUGUUCUGCGCGCAGCAGAUCCACAUCCCCCCGGAGCUGCCGGACAUCCUCAAGCAGUUCACCAAGGCUGCCAUCCGUACGCAGCCGGCGGACGUGCUGCAGUGGUCGGCGGGGUAUUUUUCAGCCCUGUCCAGAGGGGACCCACUUCCUGUAAAGGACAGAAUUGAAAUGCCUGUGGCCACACAGAAGACUGACACAGGCCUGACCCAGGGCCUCCUGAAAGUCCUGCACAAGCAGUGUAGCCACAAACAAUAUGUGGACUUACCAGAUCUUGAGAAGAAGUGGAAAAAUUUGUGCCUGCCGGUAGAAAAGUUCAGAGCGAUCCUGGAUCUGGACCCGUGUGAAGACAAAAUAGAGUGGAUCAAAUUCUUAGCACUCGGAUGCAGCUCCCUGGGCGGGACCCUGAACACGGCCAUGAAGAACGUGUGUGAGAUCCUCACCUCGGACCCGGAGGGCGGGCCUGCUCGCAUUCCCUUUGAGACGUUUGCCUACGUUUACCAGUACUUGUCUGCACUGGACCCGGAGCUCCCGGCCUCGGAGACCGAGAACUAUCUCGCCAAUUUAAGAGAGAGGUCAGAAUCUAGAAAGAAUGGCAUGAUAGGACUGUCGGACUUCUUCGUUGGAAAAAAGUCAAUAUAGGAAGCCUUGAAGAGACAGCUCUGAAGAGCAGAGCAUUAAUACAGAGAGGAACACGUUUAAUGUUGAAGCAAUGCUUAUGAAAAACCUUGGCGCCAAAUACAGCUUGUC